GACACCUUAUGCCAGUCCUCCUAAGUCCUAACUCCUCAACCUAAGAGUUCCGCCGCAGCGGUGAGGUCCAGGUAGUCCAUAACUCCAAGUAGAUGCUGACAUGGUGAUAAUCAUAGCCGUUACUAUAACCAAUCAAAACGUUGACGUUGCCAAGUACUUAAGCCAUUGCCGUUCAAAUUUUCUCGGGAGCCAAACAGUCGCUUUCUUUCUUCUGCAUCACUACCUGUACCACUUACCUCUCUCCAAAACCCCAAAACAUGAAUCCAUUAGACCAAUCCCCAGAUCAAUUCUCUUCAUUCCCUCCUCUCCAAUUCAUUCCUUUUCCACCUCCACCAAACCCUAACCCUAGCCCUAGCCCCAAUUAUAAUCAUAAUCCCAAUCUUAAUUCUAAUCCAAGCCCUGAUGAUCCAAUCGAAACCCAAUUCCAUAUCCAAAACCCUAGCCCUACUUCAACGAAUCACCUUCUCUCGUUCACAGUCCCCAAGAAGCGAAGGCGAGGUCGGCCUCAGCGGAAAGCGGCGUCGUUUCAUGUUCCUCCACUCCCCAACGUUAUUCUCAACGGUAAUAACGGUCUUGUCCCUUCCUCUUCUUCAUAUUCUUCUGCUACUAUUACUCCAAUUUCAAUUAGACAUAACGUAGAAAACCCUAAUUCGUCAACACGAACUGUACCCAAUAUCUCCGAUGAGAUUAUUGUGAUAAAUAAAGAAUCCACAGCCGAGGCCUUGAUUGCGCUCUCGUCUGGGUUUCCUGCCGAUUCCCUCACUGAGGAGGAAAUCGAUGCCGGGGUUGUACCUGUAGUUGGGGGGAUAGAACAGGUCAACUACAUUCUUAUUCGGAACCACAUUAUUGCGAAAUGGCGCGAGAAUGUGUCGAAUUGGAUCACUAAAGAGAUGUUUAUUGACGAGAUACCUAAACAUGGCCAUACCCUUUUGGAUUCUGCUUAUAAUUAUUUGGUUUCACACGGGUAUAUUAAUUUUGGGGUUGCACCGGCAAUCAAGGAGAAGAGUCCAGCUGAACCUAGUAAGGCAAAUGUGAUUGUGAUUGGUGCUGGGCUUGCGGGGCUGGCUGCAGCAAGGCAAUUAAUGAGAUUUGGGUAUAAGGUGACCGUUUUGGAAGGUAGGAAGCGAGCAGGUGGACGAGUCUAUACGAAGAAAAUGGAGGGAGGGAAUAGGGUGUGUGCAGCAGCAGAUUUAGGGGGUAGUGUUCUGACGGGUACUUUAGGGAAUCCACUUGGUAUUAUGGCCCGACAGUUGGGUUAUCAGCUUCAUAAAGUGAGAGAUAAGUGCCCCCUUUAUAGUUUGGAUGGUAGUCCGGUUGACCAUGAUAUGGAUAUGAAGGUGGAAACUGCUUUUAACCGUCUUUUGGACAAGGCAAGUAAGCUUAGGCAGUUAAUGGGGGAGGUCUCAGUGGAUGUCUCUCUUGGUGCAGCAUUGGAAACAUUCCGGCAGGUGUAUGGGGAUGCAGUGAAUGCGGAGGAGAUGAACUUGUUUAAUUGGCAUCUUGCAAAUUUGGAAUAUGCGAAUGCUGAAUUGCUUUCAAAGCUUUCUCUUGCAUUUUGGGACCAAGACGACCCGUAUGAUAUGGGAGGGGACCAUUGCUUCUUGCCUGGAGGGAAUGGAAGGCUGGUUCAGGCUUUGGCUGAGAAUGUGCCGAUUUCAUACGAGAAAACUGUACACACCAUUAGGUAUGGUAGUGAUGGUGUGCAGGUUAUUGCAGGGAGUCAGGUCUUUGAGGCUGACAUGGCACUGUGCACAGUUCCACUUGGGGUUCUAAAGAGUGGAUCCAUAAAGUUUAUUCCAGAGUUGCCUCAGAGAAAGCUUGAUGGCAUAAAGAGGUUAGGAUUUGGGUUAUUGAAUAAGGUUGCUAUGCUGUUUCCUCAUGUAUUCUGGGGCACAGAUCUUGAUACCUUUGGGCAUCUUUGUGAUGAACCGAGCCGUAGAGGGGAGUUCUUUCUCUUUUACAGCUAUGGAACAGUUGCUGGUGGUCCUCUCUUGAUUGCUUUGGUAGCUGGAGAAGCUGCUCACAAGUUUGAGAGCAUGCCCCCAACGGAUGCAGUGACCCGUGUUAUCCAAAUUCUCAAAGGUAUCUAUGAACCCCAAGGAAUCAAUGUCCCGGAGCCUAUCCAAACAGUUUGUACCAGAUGGGGUGGUGAUCCCUUCAGUCUAGGUUCUUAUUCUAAUGUUGCAGUUGGGGCAUCAGGAGAUGAUUAUGAUAUUUUAGCAGAAAGUGUGGGAGAUGGAAGGCUCUUCUUUGCAGGGGAGGCCACCACUAGGCGAUACCCUGCAACUAUGCAUGGGGCUUUUCUUAGUGGAUUAAGAGAAGCUGCAAAUAUGGCUAACUAUUCUAAUGCUCGGGCCUUGAGAACAAAGGUUGACAGGAGCCCAUCGAAGAAUGCCCAUUCUUGUGCUUCCCUUCUUGCAGAUUUAUUUAGGGAGCCUGAUCUAGAAUUUGGGAGCUUUUCUGUUAUUUUUGCUCGGAAGAAUGCUGAUCCGAAGUCAUCAGCAAUUUUGAGGGUGACAUUUAGUGAGCCUCGAAAAAAGAGUCAUGAAGGUUCAAAACAAGAUCAACAACAUUCAAAUAAGUUACUUUUUCAGCAGCUUCAGUCACAUUUUAAUCAGCAGCAACAGUUUCAGGUUUACACUUUAUUAUCUAGGCAACAGGCACUGGAUCUAAGAGAGGUUAGAGGGGGUGAUGAAAUGAGGUUGAAUUACCUUUGUGAAAAGUUGGGAGUGAAGCUGGUGGGAAGAAAAGGUCUGGGGUCUACUGCUGAUUCUGUUAUUGCUUCCAUUAAGGCUGAGAGGGGCAAUCGCAAACCUGCUUCAACUGCUUUGGCUCUCAAAUCAGGGACAUUGAAGCUGAAAACAGGCAUUUUGAAGCGAAAAGUGGUGAGAAAGGCUAAAAUAGUGCGUAAUAGCAAUGUACUGGCAGCUGCUGCUAAUUCAAAUGUAGUAAAUGGUAAAGUGUCAGAGGAAACUAAGAUGUCAGAGGAAAUAGGGACCACAGAUCAAUUACUUCUUGACACACUUGGUUCAGGGCAAAAUCAAGGUGACCUGUUGAAGCAAUGAGUAGACCUUGAGAGGAUUUGCUCUUCACCUCUGAAUCUAUCAAAAGGGCCGCUUUGCAAGCUAUCAGCAAUGACCAAGUUUCUGUUCCUAGCCUUGUAAGUAGCUGUAUUUACUCAUGAUCUUUGCCUGGAUCACUACGAGUGCUAUUGUCAGCUGUUUGAAGAUGUCUAUGCCACUUGCAGAAGGACAACUCUGCUGUUGGUUGGCUUCUCUGCUGGUAGGUGACAAAUGCAAUUUCAAAGUGAACAUUGAGCUGGAGCUUGGAUUUGGCCAGUCUGCGCAUCAUCAAGAUGCCUGAAUUGAUGGAGUGCUUGUUGAUCAAUACCACUGUUUGGCUAGGCCACUGGUGAACUCAUGAGAACGAGGCUGCCCCAGAACUCUCAAUUGGUUAAGCUUGUUUGCUGCCAAACUGAUUUGUGGGGUGGAUAGAAGAGUCCUGCCUAUCACUGAGCCUCUACUAUGAGACUCAAUAUUUUGUGAAUAGCAAAUUAAAUCUUCAAAAAAUUGUCAAUAUUCUCACCUUACAAUUAACAAAAAAAGAAAAAGAAAAAUCUAUAUAAUUGCGAGAUCGCAAUUGAAUAUAUAAUAUAGUUUUUUUUCCAA